AGAGGUCUCUGCUAAGGAUGGAGUAGACGGAAUAAAGAGCAAGGAGAAACACAUCCUCCCUUCCCCUCGCCCUCUCCACCCUUCUCGGGUGUGUGGCGGUGUGUAGAGGCUACAGUGACACGAGUCACGUGACAAGAGACUCAGGCUCGCCGAGCUUUAAGGUUGCGCCCGCCCACACUUCACGCACCCAACAUCGAUCACCAAAGUCAAGGAGGAGACGAAGAAGUCUUCUUGAAAGCAGUUCUGUAACUUCAGGAGUUUUCAUCUCCCCCUCCUCUCUCUCUCCCUCUCUUCCUUUCUCUCUCUAGCAGAACGAACAUCGUUUUUUUUUUCACCCGGUGUCUUUUAAAUCGCGUGCCAUGCCCAGUCUUUCCUGAGGACGACGACGAGGCAGAAGGAUGCUAAAAUCUUCCCUCACCUUUCACAUCUGAUGAAAGGAGCGCUGGCAAGAAGUGUCUCAAUCUUUGCUUGAUUGAGCAAAGACCACCGAAGUUCCAUUCAAAAAUGAAAACAACCAGGGAAGUAGAACAAUUUAAGUAGAAAAUCUCAUUAUCAGUCUCUUAGCAGAAGUUUACAAAGAUUUACAAUCCAAGGACGGCAAGGCGCUGCAAAGAUCAUUCAAAAAAAAAAGGGUUAAGAGAGAGAGAAAGAGGGAAGAAGAAAUUCCAGAUGUAGAAAGGUGGAGCUUCACUUCUGGAAGUCGUGCCAUGGAGUUGUGCCGAGAUCGUUUCGGGUACUUUGCCGCCGGAGUGUUUCAGAUAUGGACCUGCUCUCAGUGUUACAAGUACCUCUUCCCCAACAUCACAGUGGUGGACAGCAGCAACUCGUCCUCAUCCACCCUGCCCACCUUGCACAUUACUUCACCCAACGGGGAGGAAGUGCAGCCCAGCUGGUCCAACGUCUCCGCCAUCGACAGAGUCUGCUCCUGGAUGGACCGACACAGCUGCGAGCGAUGGAAGGAUUGUUGCACAGCUGCCAUAGCCUGCUGCAACCAGCAGCUCCAGCAGUCACGAGAAACUGCGAGAAUCCCGCGACACAACGGAAGCCUUGACCUCACGUGGGGCGUGACCUGGUCAGGUGCGCAGGAGGCUAGAGGUCAGAGGUACUGCCCUCGCACCUGGGAUGGCUUCAGCUGCUUCGAACACACGCUGGCAAACACUACAGCAAGUGUCACGUGUCCGUCGUUUAUAGAGCAGAAUGAUGCGACAGCUGUCGGCGUUCGCAUCUGUACUGAAAAUGGAACUUGGUGGACGGACCCUCAGACUGGACAGGAGUGGACCGACUACACGAGCUGCGUCCCCAUGCAGGGUUACCAUCUGUUGUACCUCGUGGGUGUGGCCUGCAACAGCAUCAGCCUCUUCCUCGUCAUCCCCGCCUGUGUCAUCUUCAUCUGCUUCAGGUCACUUCGCAGACAGCAUCGCAUCAGGAUUCACCUCAACCUUUUCCUCGCUUUCCUCAUCACCUACGGCUCUCUCCUCCUGUGGGAAAAUGUUGUUUACAAAGAUCGACUCUUGAACGACAAACCCAUCAUGCAUCAAGACACUGUUCCGUGCAAAAUCUUGUAUGUCAUCACGCGCUACGCCUGGCUGGUGGCCUUCUUCUGGAUGUUUCUCGAAGGUUUCUAUCUUUAUCGCCUAAUCAGCAAUGCCUUCCAAACGCCGAAGACAAUAAGACCAUACUACCUUUUCGGCUGGGGUGGCGCUGCUGCCCCCGUGACCACCUACACCGCUGUCCGCGUGUAUCGCCAAGACGACAGGUGCUGGAUAUUUCAUGCAGGUUCCCUAGAAUGGUUAAUUUAUGGACCGGAACUGAUGUGCAUCAUCGCAAAUGUAUUCUUCUUUGUUGGAAUAAUGAGAAUACUUGUCACGGAAAUCCAGUCUCAUCCAAAUGAACCUAGCAAUUACAGGCGUGCAAUCAAAGCCACCUUCAUCCUGGUUCCGUUGUUUGGCCUGCAACUGUUCCUCGUAGCAUACAGCCCUGGGGCCAAUCACCCUGUGGCCCACAUCACUCAUGAAAUCGUCGCCAAAAUUGUGAGCAGCUCACAGGGUGCUGUCGUAGCUGUCAUCUUUUGCUACUGCAAACAGCGAAGUACACGCCCACUUCCGCAGCACCCUGACCAGCAGGAGUCGCCAGCAUCCAAACGGCGACAUACGCAGUGUCACCAUCAGCACCCACACCACGAUGGUGGAUACAGCCAGGGGAAGCUACUCUGCAGGCAAGCGCAAGUGCAAGAAGUCAUCUGCCCCUACUCUAGAUCGCCGACACCGGACCAGCUACAUCGCUCUCAAUGCUUGGAGUGCAAGUGGACUACAGACCACUGGGGAAGCUCUUCCUUGAAGCUAAUCUGAAGCUUUGCCCUUUGAUCACUCAUCUUGUCUUGCUAGAGUUAUCUCCGCUCAGUAGCGGAAGUGCUAAGAUUUCAACAAGACAGGUUCUCGCAAAGAAAUGCUCUUUUUGUGAGCCAGCUCCUUUACAUUCAGUUCAAAAUCAUGAAGGUACUCAAAGACUGUGUCCAUUUGUUCGUCAUGCCAGUUGAUUGUAUAUUUUUUCUGAAAUUGUAUUAACAUAUUAACAUCAAGACAUGGACCUUAAUUUCUUGUUUGUUUCCCAAAUAUCAGACUGAGAAAAUGGUCUGUGCUUAUUACUUUAUUGUGGUGAAGAAUUUCUCUUGAGGUUGUCAUGAAAAACAUUGUAUCAAAGUUGUUCUGACUCCUUUGAACACCAAACUAGCGUUGGCAACAUCCGGGACACUUAGUUGCUUCUUUGUUGUUCAUCCACAGCUCUCGAUGUCAGAUGUUUAGUGGUUACAGACAAGUGAAUAAAGUAGUACCACAUCAA